AUGGCCAUUGACAUUAAAUCAAGACUGGUGUUCCUUGUAAUUGUAGGGAUUGAGCAUAGACUCGUUAAAGUUCCAAAGGAAGUGCUACAGCCAAAAGAACCUCAUCUAAUAAAGGUUGCGGUUAUUGGUGCAGCAAAUGCGGGAAAGUCGACCAUUAUAAAUAAGCUUGUAGGAGAAGAGGUAUCGGGUGUAUCGCCAAAAGCCCAUACAACGAGAGAAAGAGUCUUAGCUGUGAUGACAGAGGAUAAAUACCAAGUUGUAUUUUUGGAUACUCCAGGAGUGAUUGCUGAUCCCAAAAUUGCCAGAAGAAAUAGUGAGCUAGCAAGCGUAGCAUGGCGGUCUUUGGAUGAGGCAGAACAUUGUAGAGUGAGAGUUGACAAAUGA